GGGAGUGGUGUAUAGGGGGAGGAGAUGGUGGGUGACGGCGGGGAGGAACGUGUCCACGACGGCUGUCUUGGCAAGUCUUCCCAAGUCUUCCCGUUAUUUCUGCAGCAACUGUCAUUCCUGGGACUGUUGGCGGACUGCACCAGGUCCUGAGGACAGGUGCUGAAGGAUAUCAUGGAUGCACUAGAAAGACUCCUUGGCCACUUGCCCCCGGUUCUGCCAAGCCUUAAAGAACAAAUAGAGGAAUAUCUUUUGACCCCCGAGAAGCUACCCAUCCAUGACCCUGUUCAUUCCAGACGAUGGUUUCCCAGGCACCCAAAUCCCACUCGUCUCUACAGUGUUUCUUUGUUACCAGCAAGUUCGUGUCUUGAAGUCGAGCGGGACCCUGCCACGGGUGAAAUUUCUGGGCUUCGUGAAAUUGUAAACAGGGAUGCAGGAGCUACAGCUAAAAAUUCUCUCUCCAUGAGACGUGCACCAGGUCCUCCUGAGGAGAUUGUUAGGGGCUCCUCGACUAACUUUCCUUUCUGGCCAGGUGGCUUCCCAGAACCAGCUCUGGAUAAGAAGUCUGUUGAGGAAGAAUUUCAACUCGAUAGGAGUAAUUAUCUCACAAAGCAUCCAAGACUAUCUCGGGGAAUGGAUUUUGAAGAACCAGUAAAUUUGAUUGAAGAAAAAGAGGAAGAAAAACCAACCCCAAUUGCACCCGAAUUAGUUGUUAGCAUAACAGAUAUGCUAAAAGUGGAUGAAAAUGUACUUAAAAUCUUUGAUGAGAAAACUGAAAAGGUUGAAAAGAAAGAACUUGCUUUAACUUUAGAAGGGCUGAAUGAAGAAGACACUACACUUGUUAGCAAUUUUAACAUUGAACCACCCCCGAAAAAAGAUGAAUUUGUAUUAAAUAUAAGUGAUGGUUCAAAAUCUACAACUGUGGUGGUUAACACAGAGUGGGCAGAAAAUGUUGAUAUUAAUUCUCCAGUUGAUGACUUUAACUCGCAAGUUCCCAACCCUGCCUGCACAUACCCAUUUGAACUAGAUACAUUUCAAAAGCAAGCAAUUUUGCACUUGGAGAAGCAUGAUUGUGUGUUUGUAGCUGCCCACACCUCUGCUGGAAAAACAGUAGUGGCUGAAUAUGCAAUUGCAUUGACAUUAAAACAUAUGACUCGAGCAGUUUAUACUUCUCCAAUUAAAGCACUUUCAAAUCAGAAAUACAGAGAUUUUAAAAUAAAAUUUGAUGAUGUGGGUCUUUUGACAGGUGAUAUUCAAAUUAACCCAAAAGCAUCUUGUUUAAUCAUGACAACAGAAAUUUUACAGUCUAUGCUAUACAAUGGCAGUGAUUUGAUAAGAGACUUAGAGUGGGUUAUUUUUGAUGAAGUUCACUAUAUUAAUAAUGCUGAAAGAGGCCAUGUAUGGGAGGAAGUGUUAAUAAUGUUGCCUAGUACUGUCAAUAUUGUGCUACUGUCUGCAACAGUGCCCAAUACAAUUGAAUUUGCUGAUUGGAUCGGUAGAAUUAAGAAAAGAAAAAUCUAUGUAAUUAGCACCAGUAAGCGUCCUGUACCUUUAGAGCACUAUUUGUACACUGGCACUGGUGGUAAGACCAAAGAUGAACGCUUCUUGUUAGUAGAUGCUAGUGGCACCUUUAUCACUAAGGGUUACAAUGAUGCCGUGGCAGCAAAGAAUGAAAGGAGUAAGAAAAGUCAACAGAUUCAGGGGCCAAAGCAAGGAAGACAUCAUAUGGGAGAAAAGCAGGAGAAAAAUAUGUGGAUUGGUCUUGUUGACCACUUGAGUAGAAGAGACUUGUUGCCCAUUGUAGCUUUCACUCUGUCUAAAAAGCGAUGUGAUAGUAAUGCUACUCAGCUGAUGAGCCAAGACUUGACAACAAAUAGAGAAAAGGGGGAGAUACAUUCUUUUAUUAAGAAGUGUAUAGAUAGACUUCAGGGAACAGAUAAAGAAUUACCUCAGGUCAUUUACAUGAGAAAUUUAUUACUUAAAGGCAUUGGCAUUCACCACAGUGGCAUUCUUCCCAUCCUGAAGGAAGUUGUAGAAAUGCUGUUUGCCAAAGGACUUGUAAAGCUUCUGUUUGCAACAGAAACAUUUGCAAUGGGUGUAAACAUGCCUGCAAGAUGUGUGAUAUUUGAUUCAAUUAGGAAACAUGAUGGAACCGGUUUCCGUGACUUAGUACCGAGCGAAUAUAUCCAGAUGGCAGGCCGUGCUGGCCGUAGAGGCUUGGAUACUACCGGGACAGUUAUUAUUCUGUGUAAAACAGAUGUACCAGAGUUAUCUGAUCUUCAUCGGAUGAUGUUGGGGAAGCCCACCAAGUUGGAGUCAAGGUUCAAGCUAACGUAUUCUAUGAUACUUAACAUUUUACGUGUUGAGAGCAUCAGUGUAGAGGAUAUGAUGAAAAGAUCUUUUUCUGAAGUUUUGCAGAUGGCAAACCAGAGUAAAUAUGAAGAGGAACUGAAGGUUGCUGAAAUGAAGUUAAGUAAGGAACCUGAAUUUGAAUGCAUGAUGUGUAAAGACAUAGAUGAGUAUUAUGUUUCUGCCAGGGAGUAUGUGGAGCAACGGAAACAUGUUCAUAAAUUUAUCCUUGCAUUUCCUGGUGUAAUGAAGGCAAUGACACCAGGAAGGAUUCUCAUUAUAUCCUAUGGCCAAUAUCAGUUCUAUUUGGCCUGUUUGCUGAAAAUUGAUAUUAAGGAUAAAAAUAAAUUGACUGUAUUUAUUUUAAAAAACAAAAAUGAACCUACUUCAUUGUCAAAAGAAGAACUUAAGUUAAAGGAAGCUCUAGCAGCAUGCCAGGAGAAGUUUGAAGUUCUUGAAGACACUUCAGAUCACACAUUCUUAGACAUUGUUCCUGAGAAUUUAGCUGCAAUCACAAAUAAGGUUAUUAAGGUAAAUGGAGAAAAAAUUAUUGAAAAUAUAAAGAAGCGGCAGAUCCCAAGAUUUAAAGCUGACCCACCUUCUGAAUCCGUUAUGGUCGUAUUAAAUGAGUUGCAGCGUAUAAAUGAAUCUGGUGGGGAGAACCUUGUGUAUCUCAAUUUCAUACAUGAUCUUGGUGUCAAGGAAAUAACGGCAGUAUCUCAAAUUCAUAUCCUAGAUAUACUAAAGAAAAAAGUAGUGGAGAGAUCAUGCCUAGAGUGCACACAAUUCAGGGAGCACUUCGAUCAUACCUUUAUUAAGUUGAACCUUCGAGAACAAGUUGGUCGUUUGAAAUUCCUCAUGUCUGAAGAGGCUCUUCAGUUACACCCUGAGUACCAAAUGAGAAUUAAGGUACUUAAAAAGCUUGGUUACAUUGAAAAUAACAAUACUGUAACACUGAAAGGCAGAGUUGCAUGUGAGAUGGGAAACCAUGAGCUAAUGGUAACUGAACUAGUAUUAGAAAAUGUGUUUGCAGAUAGCCCAGUGGAAAUAAUUGCUUCAUUGCUCUCCAGUAUGGUAUUCCAACAGAAAAACUGCAGUGAGCCAAAUUUGACAGCAGAGCUGAAGAAAGGAAUAAAGCAAUUUAAGAGUGUGGCACAACGUAUUGGAGAGGUUCAGAAGGAGUGUGGACUUCCAGAGCCGGUUGGUGACUUUGUGGAUCAAUUCAACUUUGGCUUGACUGAGGUCGUUUAUGAGUGGGCUCAUGGAAUGCCAUUUAACAAAAUAAUGGAAUUGACCGAUGUCCAAGAAGGAAUCACUGUGAAGUGUAUUCAACGAUUAGAUGAAACGCUAAAGGAUGUAAAAAAUGCUGCUCACAUCAUUGGUGAUCCUAAUCUUCGGGAGAAAAUGGAGGCUGCGUCAACAACUAUAAAGAGAGAUAUUGUCUUUACUCCUAGCUUGUACACUCAGUAAGAUCAAUGUUCUUUUAUUGGAACUAAAUUGACAUAAAUAUUGUCCAUAUACAGUACUGUAUAGUUGUGUUGGCAUUUUAUUUGCCAUUUAAAUUGUCGGAAGAAAUAAUGUCCAAUUGUAAAUUAAAUUACCAAUAUCUUUGGCAUAACAUGCUAAUAUUUAUUUUUGGACCUAGUGGUAUUGAAUAGUAAAAAGUCAACCUAUGUCCAUCUGAAUUGCAUAUUUGAUUUCUGCAGACUUAAGAAGUGCACUUCAUUAUUGAGUGCUUUUAAUAUACAUUUGCUCCAACUUGUAAACUGUGUAAAUCAAUAUGAUUAAAAAAAUACUGAAGAGGUGUAAGUAGACAUGGAAUGAUGAUAAUUUGUAAGAUGUACCUUAUACAAUACCGUACUACAGUAUAUGUACUUAAAGAAAUGAAGACUAAUUCCUUGUAACAGACCAGGAUACUGCAUAUCUGGAGGUCACAUUGUCUUAUGACAGUUGCACUAAGUUCCAUCUUUUACAUUAACACAACCUAGCCUUUACGAAAUAUUUUGUAUUUGAUUUGGUUGUGCUUAGAAAGUUUUUUUUUUUUUAAUGUAAACCAUUGGGCCUUAAUUUUGUAAGAAAUAUAAUUUCUAAAAAACACAUGCAUGUAAAAUAACUAUAUACUGUAGUUUGUUUUAUGUGAAGUAUUGAACAUUUUAAGUAAUGGAUCAUUAAUACUUAAAUGAUGGUGUACUUACUGUAUUUCUAUGUAAACAGAUGAAACUGCAACUGCUGCGCUACAAUUACUUGCACGAGAAACAAAAUUUAAGUGUUCCUCAAAUGCUGUAUUAAAAUGUCUUGGAAAGCUGAUUGGAGUUGGUAUGAUAAACGCUGGUGAUUAUUUUGAAACACUGAAUCGUGACCUAUGAGCAGGUAGUUAUGUUAAUAAAAGCAGUAUUGAAACACUGUUUGUUAAAAUAUAUAACAUAAUAUUCAUCUACUGGCCAUGUUAUUUCAAGGUAAUCUUGCCUUUAUUAUACAGUAUAGUGAUAACUGAAUUGCUUUUUUUUUAUGGUUAAGUCUGCAAUAUCCACUGUGAUAAGCUUUAAGGAAAAACAAAAAAUACUAUAGAAAAUUUCAUUUAAACAAGGUGCAUACACUUUCAGAGAAAAUAACAAUAUUAUUGUGCCCAUGUACUUUAUUUACAAUAUAUAAUUUUCAUCAA